CAGUCUGUUAGACUUGACUCCGGCGUUGCUAAGAUGAAAGCUCCAUAGCAACCGACUCUCCAGAAAAGAAAAGUUGAGAUUUUAUAUUUUUAUGUUUCAAUAGAGGUGAACACCGGAAGAAAAUGGCGCGUCUCUUCCACACACGGAGGCCGGAGACAGGAGCGUUUCCUUGAAAUAAAAAUGCCAGCAACAAAGGUUUUAAAGCCCCAACCAGUGGAGGCGACAGGGAAAACCGUGGAGAAAAGCAAACCGGCAAAGGUGAAGGCGGUGACCGGAGCAGAGAGUGAACUCAAAGCGCCCGCUGUGCGUAAAAGCCGCGCGUCGAGCUGCCCGAGGUGUCCGCAGCGGGACAGGUGUGAGCGGGCCACCACCACUGGUACCGGUACCGCUACCUCCACCACAGCCUCCAAAACCACCUGUGAGAGGCGGAGAGCCAGGUCUACAUCUGUGGCUCCCAAACCGACCAGCUCUGUGAAACAUGGAGCUGUCAACCCGAGAAGCCGGGAACCGACCACCUGUCCGGGGCAGCGUCAGCAGCGCAGCGUCAGGCCCGAGACGAAGUACGCAAGUCAGAGUCACAAAGCUUUCACCGUCAUCCCCCCGAACCCCAAGAAGAGGAGGGAUAUGCAGAGAAAGGCGGAGGCGGAGCUCGCUGCUUUAGAGGAGCUUCGUCUGAGCAGAGCGAUGGCUUACGUAUCCAUCAACCCCAGCAGUGUUGGGGGUUGUAUGAGUCUGGAGGAAGUACGGUUGAAGCAGCAGCAGGAAAUGAUGGAAGCCAAGAGGAAACAGAAACCGAUGAAGACGCAGGUGAUGGAGCAGACACCUGUCCUGAUGCGCUGAGCGUCACGUCUCCUCUCGUCUCUGCCGGCAGCUCAACGUCUCGCUGUAUCUGCAACUCGGAGUCAAAUCCCAUAUUUAGAAUAAGAAAUCCACAUGAAACCUGUGUUGUACAAUCUUCAGUUUUUUUGUGUUUAUUAUUAUUAUUAUUAUUAUUUUCCAGUAUUGUAAACAUUUCAUUUCAUUAUAUUUUAUGUUUUGUACAAGGCUGUUUUGUGCCUGAUAUAUGUUUUAAAUGAUGUGUGUCAUAUACAAAACAUACGCUUGAAAGCGUCAUUCAGCCAGAUUACAAACAGAUUAUAAAGUAUUACAUUCAUUUGGCAGCCAUAUUUUAUUUAAUGCAACUCACACUUUUUUCUCCGUCAUAGGCUCCUGUACUCAGGCACAACAACACUCAAGAUUUUAGAUCAUAUUUAGAUCAGAUCCAUAAUGAUGGUGCAGUUUUGUUUCUCCAACAACAAAGAAUUACAGUCAUAGAAGAAGAAGUGUGGUUUUAUAGCUGUAGAUGGAGUCUUCUGUUGUUGAUGUGGCUCUUGGGUAAUGUAGUAUUUAACAAUAUGACAUAAAUUUAAUAUUUUGGAUUUUUAGAGGGAGACUUGUGUUUUUGAAGCUCACUCAAAGUAAAGAAUAGGAUCGUACACCUGUGAGGUGUAAUUUAAGUUCAUGCACACCUUUCUCUCCUGUACCUUUUUUUUUUUUUUUUUUUUUCAGGCGUGGCCCAUGAACACAUCACGCCAUUCUCCUCUGUUACAUAAGCCAUGCAUUAUAGAGGAAUGUAAAGUGACUUGUAUGGGCCGUCACUGUAAAUGACUGUAUCUACGCUCUCAGCGUGUUUUCACCUGGAUCAGAGCAAAACCACAGGAAAUAAACUGAGCUUUAAUAACACUGUGUGUGUGUGUGUGUGUGUGUGUGUGUGUGUGUGUGGUGUGUGUGUGUGUGUGUGUGUGUGUGUUGCUCAUGUUGUGGGGACCAAAAUCUAUUCACACAAGAUAAACUGUGGUUCAGUCCUGCUUUUCAGACCCCAGCUGAAACACAUUAUUAAAUCUUAAAUCUCAGUUGUUUUCUUUGGCUUUUUCUUGUUUUUAUAACAUCCACUUUUUGAAUUAAAUUGUUAGUUCUCCCUGUUUCCUGCAUCAGUUUGGGACUAUUUUCAGCGGCGGAUUAAUCCACAUUUGGUGCUCUUUUGAAUAUUUGUUGCAGCAGGACAGUGAGUGUGUUUGGGACUGAGUCAAAAUAAACUGUGUUGUGUGUGUUCAUGGUGAUGAAGGAACGUCUCAGUGCAACAGUGUCCAUCCAUCGCACUUUACAGAAUAAGCCGCCAGUCAUUUGUUGACAGUGAUGUUUACAACAAACCUUGUCUUCAGUGUCUGUUCUAUGUUGCACUGUGGUCUAUUAGCAAUAACAUUUCGUUUCCCUGCAUGUUUAUCAUACAUAUAUGUGGAAAGGAUAAUAAAAGCUGAACUUGAAGAACUUGAAAAUUGAUU